UUUUCCACCUCGGCCAGGAAAACAAAACGCACAUUGUUCAGCAUGGGUGAUGUCAUUCGCGUGCAAAAAGCAGAGACUUCUCUCGUGUGUGUUCACAUGCGGCUGAACAGAAAGCAACAGAUGUGUGGUCAGCGUAUUAAUAUGACAAGGAGGGGGAAGUGGUGAUGGCGACGGGAGGGGGGGAGAUUAAGUCCCAAUGUUGCUCUAGUGAUUUGCCAGGGCUUUAGCUUUGAUGGAAACGGGCACAGGGAGUCUGCCAGUCGUGUCGAGGGAAUGAUGGGCAUCUGACGGCUUUCGGGUGCAAAAAAAAAAGUGGCUCGCAAACUUGUGACAACAGGGGAAUAAAGCAAGGAUCCUAGCUGCAAGGUAAGAUUGAUUGACUUUUGUUGAGAUGGAGUUCAUCCCCAAAACGGCAAAGAAAGAGUGGCUUCCGCAUGACGUAAAGAAACACUUUGAAAAUGGCUUGCAUACGUUAAAUACAACUGAACCGCACCGGUGGUUGAUGGUUGCAAGGAUGCUCGCUUUGCUUGUCAGGGACAUGUUGACUAGUGAUGUCACAUCCCUCCAAAAAGCCAUCCUACCACUUGCCUCAUCGGUUUACAUGAUUUGUCAAAUUGUGCCGCGGGAGCAUCCAAAUUCCUCGUUUCUCUCGAUUGUUGGCGAUCAAAGGGGGUGAGAGCGGACGCAUGAAAAACUGACCAAUGGAACUCGGUGAGGCAAUCUGGCCAACUGCAUCCAGCGGUGAACUGACUGGCCGUCAAAAUCGAGCAGGAGAGAAGCCUCUUAGGCGCCUUGUGGUGGAAUGAUGGAGGAAGCCAUUUCAUCUUAAGCUUUCAGGGGUCCGCCGUCCGGAUUCAUUUUGUCCAGUUAGCGGAAUUCCAAAGAUACCUGCGUGCAGAGGGUGCGCAAAAGCAGAGAGUGGGGGGGAAGUGAGUGUGUGGAUUGGUUGGUAGCAAACAGAGGGAUUAGGGUCAGCCAUGUCGAGCUUCGAGCUUAGAGAUGUUCUCUGCUCCUCCGCUGCGGUGCAACAAGCGGAUGCGAGGGAUUACAGCGGCAGCGCACGUACGCGGGCCGCAGCUGUGCCGUAUACUUUCUGUAUUUUGGCAGCUGACAUGCGGCCGGUCAGGAGCGGUGGCGGCUUUCGGGUCCGAAGGGCCGCCGAGCUGCCCCAUAAGGAGUCCGAGGAGGAAGUCCACCACCAGCACCCCCCCGCGGAAGACCACGGCCGCUCCGAGCAUCACGACUACAACCGCGUGAAGGACAAGUUCAUGAACGAGCUUGACCGGCUACCUGUUCCCAUGUGGGCGGUGGGCGCCAUUGUGGUGGUGAUUUUGCUGUUGGUGGCGUGCUUCGUCUUUUGCCUUUUCAAAAAAUGCUUGGGGAAGAAGAAAAAGCCAAUGAAAGUGAGAGAGAGGAAGACGGGGCGGCGCAGGAAGGCCAAGGAAGGCGAAGGCGAGACGGGAGACAAGGAAGGGGAGGUGAAGAAGGAAGGCGAGGAAGCGGAGAAAGAGCAGGAGAAGUUGGGGAAAUUGGAGUUCUCUCUGGAUUACAACUUCACAGAUUCCCAGCUCAUCGUGGGAAUCCUUCAAGCUCAGGAUCUGGCUGCGAUGGACAUGGGAGGCACCUCGGACCCUUACGUCAAAGUCUUCCUGCUGCCUGACAAAAAGAAGAAGUACGAAACCAAGGUUCAGCGCAAGAAUUUGUGUCCGGUUUUCAACGAGACUUUCUUCUUCAAGAUCCCCUACGCGGAGUUGGGCGGAAAGACGUUGGUGCUUCAGGUCUUCGAUUUCGAUCGUUUCUCCAAGCACGACAUGAUCGGCGAUAUCAAGAUCCCGAUGAACAGCGUCGAUUUGGGUCAACCCAUCCAACAGUGGAGGGACUUGGAGAGCGUGGAGAAGGAAGAGGAGAAACUGGGCGAUGUCUGCAUCUCUCUGAGAUACGUGCCCACUGCUGGGAAACUGACGGUGAACAUCAUGGAGGCAAAGAAUUUGAAGAAAAUGGAUGUCGGCGGCUUAUCGGAUCCCUACGUGAAGAUCGUCCUCCAGCAAAACGGAAAACGUAUCAAGAAGAAGAAGACGACGGUCAAGAAAAACACGCUCAAUCCUUACUUCAACGAGAGUUUCAGCUUCGAAGUCCCCUUUGAACAGAUACAGAAAGUGCAGGUGGUGAUCACAGUGUACGACUACGAUAAACUGGGCAGCAAUGACCCCAUCGGAAAGACCUUCAUGGGUUACGGAGCGACCGGCGUGGGCCUGCGCCACUGGUCGGACAUGCUGGCCAAUCCCAGACGUCCGGUAGCCCAGUGGCACACGCUGUUGCCCGAGGAGGAAGUCGAUGCGGCGGUCAAAGCCAAACCUCGCUGAAGACAACGUGCUGGGUUGUGGGCUGUGGUGGGUUUUUUGUUUUCCCUUUGAUGUGUGUCUCUUCCCUAUUAUUUUUGCAUGUUUUCACUGCAAAAAACAAAAUUGAAUCAACAUCAAAUGCUCUGUUGAUAUGAUUUUAUUUUGAUGCAUUUGCUGGCUGUGCUGUUUUCCAUGCGUCAUGUUUCCUUUGGUAUACUUUGAACAAGCGUAGAUGUCAAAUACAGAUUAAAAAAAAAAG